UUAUAUACUUUGUCUCAAAUUCUAUUUCGUUGGAAAAGUAAGCAAAUAUAUUCAAAUUGACUUCAAUUUUCUGUUAAUUAGAUUAGAAGAAUCAUCCUUAAGCUUCUUCAAGGUUAAAUUAUAAAUUCAGAGAGUAUAAUUUUAGGUUUUUAUGUUAAUUAAGAAGACAAAAUCGCAAGAACAUGAAGGCGAUGGAGACGAUUCAGGAUCUAAUUGAAGAGGGUAAAGUUCGGACGGUGUGGUGGUGUUUAUGCAUCUUCGCCGUUACUUACUGCUUAUCUCAUACAAGCUCAUCAAUGUGGAUAAACCUACCGAUUUCGAUUCUGUUGGUUUCGGCAUUACGUGUUUUAUCUAAGGAGGUUGAGAUCAGCUGGAAGCCACGCAAGUCGCCACGUGCGCAGACGUAUUUGUCUCAUCUGGAGAAGAAGCAGUUAUCUGUGAAUGAUUCUAGACUUCCUCCUGCAGCUAUUCCGCCGAAGUGGAAACGGAAAAUUGAUUCGCCAGCUGUUGAGGCUGCGGCGAAUGAUCUUAUUGAUAAAGUUUUGAAGGAUUUUGUAAUUAAUUUAUGGUAUUCGGAAAUUACACCGGACAAGGAGGCGCCUGAGCUGAUGCGUGCUGUGAUUAUGGAUGCUAUUGGUGAGAUAUCGGGAAGGGUUAAGGAAAUUAACCUUGUUGACUUGCUAACGAGGGAUAUAGUUGAUUUAAUAGGGGACCACUUGGACCUUUUUAGACGGAAUCAAGCUGCGAUAGGCACUGAUGUAAUGGCGACACUUUCUACAGAUGAGAGAGAUGAAAGAUUGAAGCACCAUUUGAUGACUUCUAAGGAGCUUCAUCCUGCACUCAUUUCUCCCGAGAGCGAGCACAAGGUUCUUCAGCGUCUAAUUGGUGGAGUCUUAGCUGUGGUGCUGAGACCUCGAGAAUCUCAAUGCCCCCUGGUUCGGACAAUUGCUCGAGAGCUUGUAACUUGCUUAAUAUUGCAGCCUGUUAUGAAUCUUGCAAACCCUGUGUAUGUCAAUGAGAUAAUAGAAUAUAUUUUGCUUGCCAUUAAAGAUGGUAGCAUGAUGGAGAUGAGUGGUGAUCAAUCUUCUGCGGGUGCAAAUCCUGAAUUUUCCACAGAAAAAAAUUCGUCCUUAAAUAGUCGGAAUGCUGUUGAUAAGAGAAACUUUCAAGGGAGUGACACGACGCUGGCUAAAUUUGACGAUCAUCGGGAAACAUCCUUGGUUUAUGAAUCACAUCAGCAGGAAGCGAUGCAGCCUCGCCAUGGAGAUUGGGCACGGGGGAUAGAGGCAGCAACUCAGAGAAGAACUGAAGUUCUUACUCCUGAAAAUCUUGAGAACCUGUGGACAAAAGGAAGAAAUUAUAAGAAGAAAGAGACUAAAGGUCUUAAAGCAGGGGUUCCACAGCCUGUUGCAAGGGGCUCUGUUACAAAUAACGUGGAGCCUUCCAUUAAUAUGUGGAGCGAAGCUUUAACAAGCAAUGCCAUGAGUUAUACAAGAGCAGAGGAGAAAGCUGUAAUGCGGCUAACACCUCGUUUAAGUCAUGAUCAAACACUGUUGAGUGAUGAGGUUAAACGUGCAAAACAUUUUUCUGAGGAACUUAAUGAGAAGAUUUCUUUUGAUGGAGUGCAUGCCUUUGAUGAAUUUGGUACUGCUAAUAAUCCCUUGAUCAAUGAAACGAAGAGUGGACUUAAAAGAUCCAAUAGCACUUCGGCUCUAAGAGUUGAGCCUUUUGAGAAAAAGGCAUUUACGGGAGAUGGCAGAGGAUCCAUUAUUUCUGAGUUUUAUAGCCCAAAUAUUGGUAGAACUCUUGAAGAUCACACUUAUAAGAAGAUCUCUGAUACGGCUUUCGAUGGUGGGAGACCUCAUGUUCCUGAUCCUAAAUUGAAGUGUCGGGUUAUGGGAGCAUAUUUUGAAAAAAUUGGGUCAAAAUCUUUUGCAGUUUACUCAAUUGCAGUGACAGAUGCAGAAAACAGAACUUGGUUUGUCAAAAGAAGAUACCGGAAUUUUGAGAGAUUACAUCGACAUCUUAAGGAUAUUCCUAAUUACACGUUACACCUGCCUCCCAAAAGGAUAUUUUCUUCAAGCACAGAGGAUGCAUUUGUUCAUCAACGAUGUAUCCAGCUUGAUAAGUAUCUGCAAGAUCUUUUAUCUAUAGCUAAUGUUGCUGAACAACAUGAAGUGUGGGAUUUUUUAAGUAUCUCCUCAAAGAAUUAUUCUUUUGGAAAAUCUGCAUCAGUGAUGAGAACUCUGGCAGUUAAUGUGGAUGAUGCUGUGGAUGAUAUCGUUCGCCAAUUUAAAGGGGUUUCAGAUGGCUUAAUACGCAAAGCUGCUGCUUCACCUUCCCUCAUUGACGAUGCCGAUUCUUCAAUCUACAGCACAAAUUUGUCAUGGCAUGCAGAUGAGGCAAAUCAUCAUGUCUCAAGGCAAGACACAUCAGAAACUGCAAUCAGCUUUUCUGAUAAUGAAGAAAGCUUGAAGCAAGAAAUCCACGAGCAGGAGGAAGGAUCCAGUGAGCAAGCUAAUAGUUGGCAUUCAGAUAAUGAAUUGAAUGCAAAGGGAUUUCCACCUCAAGUGAUCAAGUAUGAUGAGGAGUCGAGGACGUUGGAUGAAAAGAACAAACAUGGCCUUCGGGCAACAUCUGAGCUGAUUAACAAGGGAGGGUUUCCUGCAGUAGCAACUUCCAGUCAUAUAGAGGAUCCAGUUGGAAUGCCACCUGAGUGGACCCCACCUAAUGUAAGUGUACCUAUGCUAAAUCUUGUCGAUAAGGUGUUCCAGCUUAAGAGAAGAGGCUGGCUGAGGAGACAGGUCUUUUGGAUAUCAAAGCAAAUUCUACAGCUAAUAAUGGAAGAUGCUAUUGAUGAUUGGCUUUUGAGGCAGAUUCAUUGGCUUCGGCGAGAGGAUAUUGUUGCUCAAGGGAUUCGCUGGGUGCAAAAUGUUCUAUGGCCAAAUGGUGUAUUCUUCACAAGAAUAGGGGCUUCAGAAGGCAAAGCUGAUGAUGGUCAAGCCAAUCUGGUUUCCUUCCAAGUUAGCCAAUUGGGUGCCAGUAAGGUCUCUAAACAAGGUUCUGGCUCUUUUGAGGAGCAGCUUGAGGCUGCUCGUAGGGCAAGUGACAUAAAAAAGAUGCUAUUCGAUGGAGCUCCUACAGCUUUGGUUAGCUUGAUAGGGAGCAAGCAGUACAAACGUUGUGCAAGAGACAUAUUCUAUUUCACGCAGUCAACAAUCUGUGUGAAGCAACUUGCUUAUGCCAUACUUGAACUACUGCUUAUAUCAGUUUUUCCCGAGCUUCAAGAUCUAGUGCUCGAUCUUCAUGGGAAGAUGCGUGUUCCAGUAUCGUAGCAAAUCUGCAACUUCCUCAUUUACUGCUUCCCUGAUGGUUGAUUGCCAUACUUGAUUAUGGCAGAGCUCAAAGUAUCAACAGCAAUUCCGAAAGAUGUCCACAUUGGUUUUGACUUUCGACGGGUUUGUCUGCAGUAUGCAUCUCAUCCAUCGUUAAAAAGGAAAGUGGUGCUGGGAGUGCGAGGGAAGGGAACGCCCGUGGCAUUCUUUUUUUAGAAAGUUAGAAGUAAGCUGUGAAGCUGAUUGAUUUAAACUGUACAGAGUGUGUAUAGAAAAUCUUUUUGUGCAUAGCAAGCUGCUGGCCUUUGUGAUGGGUUUUUGUUUUGUAAAGAUAGAGACUCCAUAUAGAGAGUAGCAAAUAUGUAUCAUUUGUUCAUUCAUAACAUUAACAUAUGGUUUGCAAUUCUAGCUAGUGCACAUUCAUUCAUUCA